AUGCCACAACCGGUGAUCUCCCUCCGAAUAGCAAAGGCGGUGCCUUCAUCCACGACCCGAAACUAUGCGGGAGAAAAGGAAGUCCUGGCCCAAGUGAAGCUUUCUUUCAAGGGAACUUCCGGGGCCAAGAUGGUAGCCACGCGCAGUCUGCAACUUACGGUGAAGAAGACAACACGGCAACAGAAAACUUUGGAGGGUCAACUGAUGAUGAUGAAAAAUGGCGAGCGAACUGCUAUUUCAUCGCGCGUGGCUGAAUUGGAUCAGAUCAUGCCACAGUACCUGGGCGUUUCUAAAGCUGUUUUAGACUCUGUCAUCUUCUGUCACCAAGAUGAAAGUCUUUGGCCAAUGAGUGAACCUUCUGUCCUGAAGAAGCGAUUUGACGAAAUCUUCGAAGCCAUGAAGUACACCAAGGCUAUUGAUAACAUCAAGCAGCUGCGGAAAAAGCAGAACGAGGAGCUGGCUAAAUUCAAGAUCAUGGAGCAGCAUGCCAAAGAGGACAAAGAAAAGGCAGACAAGGCAGAAAAGCGGUCUGUCAAAUUACAAGAUGAGAUUGAGGCCCUGCGAGAGGAGACCCAGGCAAUGUCUAAAGAGAUGCGGCGUGUAGCCGACCUGGCUGACAAGGCUUGGAAGGAAUCUGAAAGCUACGCUCAAACAACGAUUGAUAACCUCAAGCGGCACCUUGUCGAACUCGACGAUUCUGACGAAUGGCUGGAGUCAAAUCUGGAGCAAUUUGAGACGAAGCAAGCCCAGUACCAACAACAAGAAGAAUCCCUGAAAGAGAAAUACAUGGAGCUCAAAGACCAAAUCGAGCAGACUCGACACCGCCUGGGUCUCAAACAGGCUGAAAACGGAAAAUUCGAGAACGACAAAGCCAAUUUUGAGCGCCAGGUACAGCGACGGCAGACCAUGAUUGUAGAGAUUGCUCGUGCAAACAACAUCCGUGGCGUGGAUGAUCAAAUGAAUCAACCUGCUAUCGAUGCUUUCAUGCAAAGAAUUCGAAAGUCUCUUAGGGAACAGAAUCAGGCCCUUGACCGUGUGAAGCGUGAGGCUCAAAAGGAGCUACGCGAGGUCCAAGACACUCUGAAUGACAUUGGUCAGCGCAAAUCUGCUCUACAAGAAACCAAGAACGCUGCAAAACGACAGAUCGCAUCCAAUGACAAAGAAGCGGCAUCUUAUCAAGGGAAACUCAACGAGAUCGAGGUAGACGAAGGUGUGCAGUCGGCAUUGGAGGCUAAGAUUGAAGACAUCACCUCGAGUUUGGAGCAGGCGAAAGAUCGUGCCAAGACUGCUUCGUGGGAUCAGGAGAUUCAGCACAUCAAUACUCAAAUCCAGGGCGUCGAAGAUGACAGCUCGAAAUUGAACGUUGAACUGAUUGAAUCAACGAAGAAGGCAGGCGAUCUGGCUCAGUUAGCCCAUCUCAAGAAGGAAGCUAAGGACCGAGAGCGCAGCCUUCAGACCAUGAAAGGAGCACAUGGAGACCGUCUUGCGAAGGUCGUUGGCUCAGAUUGGCAGCCCCAGUCGCUCGAAAGGGAUUAUCAACACGCAGUGGACUCUGAAUCGAAGCAAGUCGCUGAUGCUGAGAAGCGUCGUGAUGCGGUCAAUCGCGAACUAGAGCAGGUUGAGUUCAAGCUGAAAAAUGCGAAAAAGAAUCUGGAUCAGCGUCGAAAAGAGCUGCAGGAUUGUGUCAAGGAGAUCCACGAUGCGGUCGAUGCAGAGCCGUCUGAGUUUCCGCAAAUCCUCACGGAUCGACAGACAGAAUAUGAGUUGGCACGAAAGGACGCUGAUCAAUUCGCCGGUAUGGGUUCCUACUUGAGCAAGUGCUUAGAUGCCGCACGGGAGGCUAAGUGCUGUCGGACAUGCUCGCGGGGCUUCAAGAAUGACACGGAGCUCAAGAAUUUCACGAAAAAGCUUGAAGGACUGGUGAAAAAGGCAAGUGGAGAUGGCGAUGAUGGAGAACUCAGAGCGCUUGAAACACAGCUACAGAAUACUCGCCAGGCUGGUACAUUCUACGACACCUGGGUGCGUCUUUCAAAUACGGACAUCCCAGAUCUGGAAAAAGAGGAACAAGAAUGUGAAUCACAACGUGACCAACUUCUUGACAAACUUGAAACACAUGAUCGGACGGUUGGUAAAAGGCAGGAAAUCAAGAGAGAAGUUGAGGGCCUGUCAAAGACCGUCGCUACAAUUGUUCGUUAUGAUGCGGAAAUCAAGAAGAUCGCGUUACAGAUUGAGGAGUUGUCUGCUAAGCAAAAUGAAGAGUCGGCAAGCCGUACUCUCGAGGAUAUCCAAGAAGAGAUCUCCGCGGCGAGUGAAAAAUCUCGAGACCUGAAAAAGGCUCUGGCCAGAAUCACCAACGAGAAGGACCAGACCCGAAGCGAAAUAAACAAGCUCGAGCUCCAGCUUCGAGACGUGAAGAGCAAUCUGGACAACGCCAAGUACCAGCUGGAGAAGAAGGCUGACUUGCUUGGUCGGGUGGAAGAGUGCAAGAAAUUGAAUGCGCAGCAACGAGAAGCAAUCGAGAAAGCAGAUCGGGACAUUGAGAAUCUUACACCGGAACUGCUGCAAGCUCAAGCCCGUUAUGAUGAUAUCAGCCAACGAGCUGAUGCACGCGAACGAGACUUGCAGCAUGACAUCACCCGUCUUUCAGAGAGCAUUCACCAGUUGGAUCUUACGAACGAUGAUAUCAACUCGUACAACGAGCGAGGAGGCCCCGGUCAGCUUGAACAGAGCAAGAAAGAACUUUCUGACAUCGGCGAGGAGAUUGUCAAACAAGAAUCCGAGUUAGGGGAGAUCACUCAAGAGAUCAACAAAAUAUCUGCCCAACUGAAGGACAGCGAGAACACGAAGCGCCAGUAUUCUGAUAAUCUGACCUAUCGCAGAGCAACACGGUCAUUGCAAUCGGUGUUAGUCGAAGUCCAAGAGCUAGAAGCACAGAACGCUGAAGUGGAUCGAAGUCGCUUCAAGCAAGAAUCAGAACGCUGGACCCGCGAACACAACGCUCUUGCUGCCAAGCAGGCUAGCAAGAUGGGUGAAAUGAAGUCCAAGGAUGACCAAUUGAUGCAGCUUCUGGCAGACUGGAACACCGAUUACAAAGAUGCGGCUUCCAAAUACAAGGAGUCACAUAUCAAGGUCGAGACGACCAAGGCCGCAGCUGAAGACCUCGCACGUUACGGUGGCGCCCUGGACAAAGCCAUCAUGAGUUACCAUGGCCUCAAGAUGGAGGAAAUCAACUCGAUCGUUAGUGAGCUGUGGCAGAAGACGUACCGCGGAACCGACGUCGACACCAUCCUCAUCCGAUCUGACAAUGAAAACGCCAAGGGCAACCGCUCGUACAAUUACCGUGUAUGCAUGGUCAAGCAAGGUGCGGAAAUGGACAUGCGAGGCCGCUGCAGUGCCGGCCAGAAGGUCCUUGCUAGCAUCAUCAUUCGUCUCGCUCUAGCAGAGUGCUUCGGUGUCAACUGUGGUCUAAUUGCCCUUGAUGAGCCCACGACGAACCUGGACCGUGACAACAUUCGUUCUUUGGCCGAGUCGCUUCAUGAUAUCAUUCGAGCUCGGCAGCAGCAGGCGAACUUCCAAUUGAUUGUUAUUACGCACGACGAAGAAUUCCUGCGACAUAUGCAAUGCGGAGACUUCAGUGAUUACUACUACCGUGUGUCUCGAAAUGAGAGGCAAAAGUCCAUCAUUGAGAGGCAAUCGAUCGCCGAGGUCAUGUAA